GAGGGAUGACGCAUACCGGAGACGGGAAAAGUGGAAAUCUCCGCUUUGCCAAGUGCAUUCACUGAGCAUUCGAACAUACAUCUUCCCUCCGUGUAGUACGCCAAUGCGCUCACCAGCAGAAACGCCGGUCCAUCGCCAUAAUGUCCCCUCGUGUCAGUUUGGUGCAGCAGCGUGACGUGUUGCGGCACGCUGUCCUCUUGACGGGAAGUGGGCGGUCCUUCCCCAGCGUCGACAGAAGGCUGCGGCGCACAUAGGUGUUUCCGCCAAUGUUAUGUUAAAGCAUAGAUUCAAUAUGGUAUCGAUAUAAAAUCAUCACACAGGGACCCGUAUUGAAGCCUUUUAGCUGCUGCUCGUCAUGGUGUCCGUGGAAGCGAUCCAGCUGUUGGUGUUCGCCUGCAUCGCCUUCGCUCCACAUGCUGCAGCUGACGACAACCCCCGUUUGGUGAUUGCCCCACAGUCUCCAUAUUUAGAAAUUGGGACCAACUUUACGGCUACGUGUAUGAUCAUCAAUUCAACCGAAGUCACAGCGGAUGACCUCUACUGGGAACUGAAUAAGACCAUCGUGCCCAAAGAACAAUAUACCAAGAUCAACACAUCUGCUCUCAAUGUUACUGUUCACGUCACUGGUGAAAAACCAGGGUGGUUAUAUUGUCUCUGCAAGAAGGCGUCGCCCUAUUUUCCAUUGAACAAAGGCAAACUUAUUCACGGGAUCAUCCUCACAAAAGGCUAUCGUCCGGGGAAGCCAGAGAACGUGUCCUGUAUGGCCGUUCAGAAGGAACGUUUCAUCUCUAAAGCCUUUCGCUGUGAGUGGGACGCAGUAGGACGUCAAACCACAGACGUCCCUACAUCAUAUAUACUUUAUGUUGAUGUGACCAAAACCAUGUUAUAUAAUGUAUCGACCGGUGAAAACCAUGCCCAAGUGGAAUUUGUGGACAGUUUCCCCGAUCAUAUGAUGCUGGAGAUCUGGGUGGAGGCACACAAUAAGCUGGGGAAAACACAGUCUGAGCAUCUUAGUAGGGAUGCUGGCUCGUUUGUGAAAACCAACCCUCCAUCAGAUGUCAAAGUCAUUUCAGAGAAAAGUUUUACCACCUCCCUUCUGAUAAACUGGACUCAUCCUAUUGCCAGCGAAUAUGUAAGACUAAGCUAUCAGAUAAGAUACUGCCAUAAUGGAUCCCAAAGUUGGACUUAUGUACCUCUUGAUGACACUGCCAAGGACAUUCAGUCCUUCAGGCUCCAGAGCCUCCAGCCGUACACAGUAUAUGUCGUUCAGGUGUGCUGCAAAAACAAUAAAGAGGGUCACGGUUACUGGAGCAACUGGAGUACCAACGCCACCAAGAGGACACCAGAGGACAGACCAAGUAAACCAGAUUUAUGGAGAAUCAUUGCUGAGGGGGACGGCAUAAACCAACGACAAGUGCAGGUUAUCUGUAAGCAUCCAGCUUUGUUGUCCAAUGAGAGGAUAUCGAGGUUCAACAUAAAGGUUCAAGACCUAAAGGAUCAAUUGAAGAAUGGGAGUUUGGAGCCUGAGAGCAUCCCCGUCAACCGAUCCCACAGCGGCUCUUUCACCGUCCUUAAACAGAUUCACCUGGCUGAUCAGGAAUCUGUUAAAGUGUUUGUCACUGCUGUCAACUCUGUGGGGAUAUCUGCAGAGGAAUCGUUGGCUGUCUCAGAAAAGGCAUUGGAGUUGCCUGCAGUCAGUGAUCUGAAGGUGCGGCCUCGUGGGGGCCGGCUGCAGUUAGACUGGAAACCCCCCAACAGUACACGUGUGUCAGAGUACGUGGUGGAGUGGGUCAGUGGUGAUAAUAUAGACUGGGCAGAGGGGAAAAACGAAAAACCAGGGGCACCACCCAUUAAAGGCAUCCUUGAGAAGUUUGUCUGCUACAAUGUAUCCGUGUACCCAAUUUACUCUGGACGGGCUGGGAAACCAGCAACCAGGACAGUCUAUCUGGAACAAGGAGCUCCGUUGGAAGCCCCUGCUGUUAGACUGAAAGGUAAACCAGGACAUAAUGAGGCCGAGCUCGUCUGGAACGAGAUCCCCCAGAGAAGUCUGCGAGGCUUCAUCACAAACUACACCAUUUUCUACUCAAGUGGAGCGGACGCUCACCAAAUAACCGUGCCAGCUAAAACCACCUCAUACACUCUGAAGUCAUUGGAACGCAACACCAAGUAUGACACUUGCAUCAAAGCCUCCACCAUCAACGGCUCAACCAUCAGCUCCAACCACUCAUUCACCACUCUGGUAUAUGCACCAGGAGAGAUGGAGGGCAUUGUGGUCGGAGUGAGCCUUGGCUUUCUGUUCCUGUUUGUCGUGACCAUGCUGCUCUGUGUCUACAAGAAAGACGCGAUCAAGGAGAAUAUUUGGCCCAGGAUUCCAAAUCCUCUAGAAAGCACCAUUGGAAACUGGUCUCCUGACUAUCCUUUGAAAGUGGAAACACCCAAAGACAACGGUCUGUGUGGCGUCAGUGUGCUCGACGUGGACAUUUGUGAUGGUAAAUGCAUGUUUGAGGAGGACAAGGCCAGCCUGGCCCUGAAGAAGGACAAGUAUCUGUCCGAGGAGCAUAGCAGCGGCAUCGGGGGCUCCUCCUGCAUGUCCUCACCUCGCCAGAGUGUGUCCGACAGCGACGAGGGCGGCGACAUGGCCGACACCACGGCCAGCACCGUUCAGUACUCCUCCGUGGUGGCGUCCAACGGUUACAAGGGUCAGACCCCAAACUCCCAACCCCAACAGGCUGUAUUUUCACGGUCCGAGUCCACGCAGCCCCUGCUGGACUCUGAGGAAAACCCUGAUACGCUGCUGCAAGAGUGCGGCAGACAGUCCCAGCGUGUUUCCCGGGGGCCCUGCUCCUCCCACGCAGAGGGAAACGGUGACAUCAUCGAGCAGCAGGAGGUGCUGGAGCCUCUGGACUUCUGUCCCCUGGAGGAGGACUGUGAGCAGGUCACACCUGCAGACUCCAGCUACAGGCCUCAGCUUGGUGGCUACAGGCCACAGUGAGCGCAGACAGACCCACAUUUCCUUUUGCUUCACGCGCACACGUCCUUUUUCAUAAGAAAAAUAUACCGUACCGUAACAGUAUACCAGUUCUUUUUCUACUUUCAUUACUCUCUCAUUAGCACUGAUGUCACGAUGAGGUCAUUUGCAUAAAGCGUAGCCGAGCACUGUUGGCAGAAAAGCUUGUGAUGACGCUGAGCCGCACCGGGAUCGAAUAACAACACGUAUUGGACUGUGCUUUGCUUUUCUCCCUGCUGAUGGUCCCUUGUUUAAGUGUCUUGCUGCAGCGCCUGCAUGUGGAUGGCUUUACCUGUGCAGGUGUAUUCAAGUAACAAAAGAUCACACUGGACCAAGGACCAGUAUGAAGGAUUUAGUAGGAUCUAUUAGCAGAAAUAUAAUCUAAUAGUCAACAAUAUGUUUUCAUUAGUGUAUAAUCAACUAAGUGUUGGCAAGUGUUCAGCCAUGGCUAAAAGUUUUUAGAAUUAGUUUUCAUUAAGUGUACUUUUCCAGUGGUUUUAAAUAGUUUUGUUUGAUGUUGCUGGAUAAACUGAACUAGAAAUACA